AAAAAAAAAAAAAAAAAAAAAACAACUUGAUCCUGGCCUGACCAAAACAACAACAAGAAGAAGAACAACAACAAGAAAAACCUUGACACCAUGUGGACUCUUCUCUUCUGGUUCCUGAGCCACCCCCUGAACAGCAGAGCCCGAUCACACUCUCUGCACUAUUCUUACUCAGCUGUGAGUGAGCCGGGCCCACGAGUCCCUUCGUUUUUCGCCAGUGGCUUUGUAGAUAACCAGCUCUUCAUUCACUACGACAGUAGGAACAUGAAGGCAGAGUCGUGUGCUGACUGGCUGAGGGAAAAUCCACAUUACUUUGCUCAUGAGACCCAAGUUUUCACCAAUCUGAUGAAGAUUUUCCAGUUGAGCCUCAGAAACAUUCAGCAAUACUACAACAGCUCUGGUGCCCAGAGUCAGAGAGCAGGUGACUUCCACCAGCAAGCAGGCCCUCACACCCUCCAGUUCACAUACGGCUGUGAGAUGCGGGAUGACAAGACCACGGGGCACUGGCAGUAUGGCUACGACGGCUGGGAUUACCUGACCUUGGACUUGGACUUCAUGCAAUACACAGCAGUCACCUUCAUUGCUGGCUACACCAAGCGCAAGUGGGAAAACGAUGAGUACUGGCUGGAGAGAGAGAAGACCUACUUGGAGAAGGAGUGCGUCCUAUGGCUGCAGAGAUACUUAACCAUGGGAGGAGAGACCUUCACCCGAACUGACCCUCCGCAGACAACAGUGACCCAUCACCCCAGAUCUGAAGGUGAUGUCACCCUGAGGUGCUGGGCCCUGGGCUUCUACCCUGCUGACAUCACCCUGACCUGGCAGUUGAAUGGGGAGGAGCUGACCCAGGACACGGAGUUUGUAGAGACCAGGCCUGCAGGGGAUGGAACCUUCCAGAAGUGGGCAGCUGUUGUGGUGCCUUCUGGGUUGGAACAGAAUUACACAUGCCAUGUGGAACAUGAGGGGUUGCCUGAGCCCGUCAGCCUGAGAUGGGAGCCUCUUCAGCUCCCCAUGCCCACAACAGAAGUAUGUGCCAGGGGCAGAUGUAGACCACAAGCAACUACUCUGAGCGUCCUUAUGUUUCUUUCACUUGGCAUAAUGGUACCUGUGCUUGGACUUAGCUGCUACAGAAUUCAGGCCAGAAGAAAGAACUGGCCCACUCCAUCUGUUCCUGAAGAAGAGAGGCUCUCAGGAUAAGGACCCAGGGACAAGGGACUAAUGUACAUAUAUUCCAUAUACCACCUGGCCAGUGAGGAGCCUGGGCUAGGCUUGCUUGUAGAGCUAGCUGUGUGAUGCCUGUUGGUCUUGCUGCAGAGAGGCCACAACUGAGAACGUUUCCUGGCAUUGCUGUUGGCCCUGGUCCCCCUGGCAUUGCUGUUGGCCCUGGUCCCUCCUGGCAUUGCUGUUGGUUGACCCUGGUCCCUCCUGGCAUUGCUGUUGGUUGACCCUGGUCCCUUCUGGCAUUGCUGUUGGUUGACCCUGGUCCCUUCUGGCAUUGCUGUUGGUUGACCCUGGUCCCUCCUGCUGACUUGUGCUGAGGCUGAGGCCUGACUGUCUCUGCUAGGCAGUACCACUGCUACUGACUUGUGUUUGCUGUCCUGACUACCCAACUGGACUGCUGGGGUAUCCGUGAAGUGUUUGUGAGUGGUUUGAGCUGCCACUGCUAACCUGUAUGGGGCAGUGAACCAUGAGAUAAAGUCGAGUUGGGCUUGAAGCCCUGGGGACC